AUGAGGGUGCCCCUUUUCGCCGUGAGUCUGCUCGCAGCCAACGCGCUCGCCGUCGACGUGGAUGCCUCGGUAUCAAUCAACAUUUCCAACUGCAAGUGCUUUCCGGGAGACGCGUGCUGGCCAUCAACCAACGACUGGGCCAACCUAAACCAGACAGUCAGUGGCCGACUGAUUGCCACAGUCCCUUUGGGCCAGGCUUGCCACGACCCCAAUUACGACUCCGCGAGAUGCCAGGCGCUGCGUGAUGGCUGGCAGAGUCCGGCUACUCACAUGGACGACUCGGCUUCAGUCAUGGCCCCCUUCUUUGCCAACCAGAGCUGUGACCCUUUUACUUCACAGUCGAAGCCCUGCACCCUAGGCAACUACGUGAUCUACGCCGUCGAAGCAGGGUCGGCCGCUGACAUAGUUGCUACGGUAAACUUUGCCAAAAAGAACAACAUUCGUUUUGUCAUCCGCAACACUGGCCAUGACUACCUUGGCCGUUCCACGGGCGCCGGGGCACUAUCGGUGUGGACUCACAAGCUCAAGGGCAUCGAGUUCAAGGAAUGGAACGACGAAAAAUACAGGGGUAGUGCCGUAAAGCUCGGCGCCGGCGUCCAAGGCUUCGAGGCUAUGUCGGCGGCUCUCGCGCAGAAGCAGGUUGUCCUUAGUGGUGAAUGCCCAACCGUCGGCAUUGCUGGUGGCUACACCCAGGGCGGUGGCCAUUCCGCCUUGAGCACUUCCUUUGGCUUGUCCGCUGACAACACGCUCGAGUUUGAAGUUGUCACAGCUGCCGGAGAGAUCGUCACGGCCUCACAGACGGAAAACACUGAUCUGUACUGGGCACUCUCCGGUGGUGGUGGCGGCAACUAUGGCGUCGUUGUCAGCAUGACGGUCAAGACUUUUCCUGAUGCGCAAGUCGGCGGCGCCACCCUCUCGUUCUAUGCGACCGAGAACCCGACUGAAACCUUCUACGACGCCAUCGAUGCCUUCCACGCUGCCCUCCCCGCCAUGGUUGAAGCAGAGGCCAUGGUGGUGUACUACUUUACCUCGGACUUCUUCACGAUCGCCCCCUUGACGGCCUACAACAAGACCGCCGCCGAGGUCGAGGCCAUCAUGGUCCCAUUCCUCACCACCCUCACCUCGAUGGGCAUCAAGUACACCUCCGCCUCCAGCUCGAGCGCCACCUACUACUCGCACUACGAUAAAUACUUCGGCCCGCUCCCCGCCGGCAACAUCCAAGUCGGCAUCGCGCAGUACGGCGGGCGCCUCGUCCCACUCUCCACCUUCCAGACCAACGCCACCGCCAUGUCCGCCGUGACGCGCUACAUCGCCUCCCAGAACGUCACCUGGAUCGGCGUCGGCACCGACGUCUCGCGGUUCGGGGCCGCGUCCCAAAACGCCGUGCUGCCCGCCUGGCGCGCCGGCCCGCUCGUGCACGCCACCCUUACCACGGAGUGGUCGUUCGACCCGGCCGCGUGGGACCGCAUGCUUGCUAACCAGCGCCUCAUGACCCGAGGAGAUAAUGCCCGCGCUCGAGGAGGUCACCCCCGGGUCGGGCGCGUAUAUGAAUGA